AUGGACGCAGCAGACUCGGACGAGAACGGCGGUCUCUUCAACAUAGACUUCAGCUCCGCCGACGAGGCAGCCGCAGAGCAACAGACGAAACCCCCUCGGGACUUCCAGUCCGAGGCGGAUUUCCAGCAGCAGUUGAGGGAGUGGAGGCCCAAGGUCGAGAAGGGUGAGCUGUGGAAGACUCUGAAUCUGCCGAUUGACAGUCCUUCGAAGCCGGUGUCUCAGAGGAUCCUGCAUUCUAUUGAGGAAUUGUACUUCUACCGGAGGUACGAGGAGGCGAAGAAUUUCACCGAGGAGGCAAUGAGAGGGAAGGACCUUAUGGUUGAGUUUAGGAAGACGCUGGAGACUUACUUGGAGAGAUGCGAUGCGAAACUUCGCAGUGCAGAGAAGAGGUCUUGA